GAUUAACACCUACUCCAUCGUGCUGACUGAAAUUUAUUGUCAGUAAGACGGAUCAGACGCGACUCGACGGGCUAAAGCCCUUGGAGAGAAAUCACUUAAAUUUUUUCCUUGAUUCCAAUAAUUUAGAGAAAGAAAAAUAUAUUUUUUUUUAUAGAAAUGUAUACAUAAUUUAAAGCUAUUUAUGAAAUCAGUUUACGUAUCUCUUAUUAUUUUCUUGUUUUCAGAUGCCAUGACAAUGGAUGUUACCAAGAUAUUCAUCUUCGUUAUCAUUGUCUUUCUGGAAUUGAAAUGCACAACUGGCCUUUCAUUGAAUGAGAUUCUCCCAGAAGAUCCGAACAUGUACGACAAAAUGAGACCUCCAAAGAAAGAUGGACACCCGACUGUAGUUUAUUUCCAUGUAACAGUGAUGGGUUUGGACUCAAUUGAUGAAAACUCAAUGACUUACGUUGCAGAUAUAUUUUUUGCACAGACUUGGAAAGAUUAUAGGCUACGCCUACCAGAAAACAUGACAUCUGAAUACAGGUUACUUGAAGUGGAUUGGUUAAAAAACAUGUGGAGGCCAGAUUCAUUUUUCAAAAACGCCAAAUCUGUCACAUUCCAAACAAUGACUAUUCCCAAUCACUAUGUGUGGCUAUAUAAAGACAAAACCAUUUUGUACAUGGUCAAAUUAACGCUGAGAUUAUCUUGUGUUAUGAAUUUCAUGAUAUAUCCUCAUGACACACAAGAAUGUAAACUGCAAAUGGAAAGCUUAUCACAUACAACUGAUGAUAUGCUAUUUCAAUGGGACCCUGAUGUGCCAUUGGUAGUUGAUGAAAAUAUUGAAUUACCACAGUUGCAACUUGUUCGCAACAAAACAGCUGACUGUACACAGGUAUAUUCAACAGGAAAUUUCACAUGCCUAGAAGUUGUAUUUGUUUUGAAAAGGAGGCUAGGGUACUAUUUGUUUCAUACCUACAUACCGACCUGUCUGAUAGUAAUUAUGUCAUGGGUUUCAUUCUGGAUCAAACCUGAAGCUGCUCCUGCAAGAGUAACUCUAGGUGUCACAUCUUUGCUAACACUAUCAACACAACAUGCUAAAUCUCAAGCAUCUUUACCUCCAGUAUCGUACUUAAAAGCUGUUGAUGCAUUUAUGUCUGUGUGUACCGUAUUUGUGUUUAUGGCACUUAUGGAAUACUGUUUGGUAAAUAUUGUGCUUGGUGACUCUGAUGCUCCCAAACCACCACCUCCCAGAAACGACAGCAGAAACUGUAUUAAGGAAAACAUUUUGGAGUUGAGAAAUCAAGGAGUGCCGCCACCUCCUCCUCGUCCUGUUGUCCAGCCUCCGAACAGAAAUAGAAUGAGGGCUAUUGGAAUUGAUAAGUUCUCCAGAAUUUUCUUUCCAUUUUUGUUUGCUGUAUUAAACGCCACAUACUGGUAUAUGUUUGCAGAGUUUCUUUAAUUUGAAAAUAACAAUGUAACUGAACAAAAGUAUGUAAUAAAUUUUUGUUUAAGUUUCAACCUUCAGCAUUUUUUAAAUCUAAUGAAUAAUUUCUGUUUUUUUGCUGAUUAUUGAUUGAACCAUGUUUGAGCUUUAAUAAUAGUUGUAAUAUACAGAAAAGAUUUUCUUAAUAUAUUACAAUGAACUAAUUGAAAUUGAUUAAAUUUGUAGUGUCACUGAUAUAGUUAAACAAGAUAAUAUUUUUGGGGCUUUUACUAUAAUAGAAAUAGAAUUAAUUCCUAUCUUCACAAGUUUAAUCAUCAUUUGUUAACGUAAGGCCUAAUAUUCUUAAAUCAUAAAUCAGUGAAGAAUUCAUGAUUUAUUAGAUAAAUUAUUUUAUUUAUCGAUUUAAUAUUUCUAGAUUAAUACAUUUCUCUUCACAGAAAAAUGAGUGCUUUAGCAAUAUACUUUUAAGUAUCAAACAAUUAAUUUUUCUUGUAAUGCCUAAAUUGUUAAUUUUGGAUGGAAUAAGUCUGAUUACAUCAGAGGUGCCCAUCUCUCCCAAGGUUGAUGGCGCAUGAAUCUUUCCCCCUUCUCUCCCAAGAUAAUUAUUGCUUUACUCUUCUUAAAAACAUUAGAAAUAAACCGUAAAUAAUAUAAAUUACACUUGAUGAGGUUUGUUCCAUGUAUUCCCUUUGUCUUUUUGUUUGAAACUUUUCAAUCCGAAAAUUCAUAACUCCGUCGAAAUGUGCCCCCCUCAAAAAUUCAACAUCUUGUCAAAAUGUGCCUCCCACAAAAAUUGUGAUGGCGCAAUUUGCGCCAUGGAAGCCCCUUGUGGGCACCCCUGGAUUACAUUGAGAAAAUGUUUUGUUCAUUGAGUAUAAAUAUUUUUCAUUGUAUACUUUAUUUGAAUUCUUCUCAUUUACAACAUAUAGAUUUAUUUAAUUAGUCAAACGGAAGUUUGGGGGAUAAAUUUAAAAACAGAUACCUCUUUUUAAUAGUUAAAUAGUUAAAUGAGAAAAAAAAAAAACUUUUUUGUAUGUAACUAUUGAUUUUUUGUAUGGAGCUAUUGACUGAGCUGAAAAAAAUAUAUAUGUGAGAAUCUAAUUCAAAAUAUUUCACAGCAAAAUAAAAAAUGAUUAAAAUUAAGAGUAGUUCAUAAAAUAAUUGUAUUUCUUCUUCUUCUUCUUCUUCUUAAUCUUGCACCCUUCUACAACUGAGCAGUGUGAGGGGUAAUUGUAUUUUUUUGUCACCAAUAGUUAACUUAUGGCAAAUUGUCAUUCCCAUUACCAGAUAAAAUGUUGGCUAAUUGGAGUAUGAGUGCUGAUAGCAUAAAUAGUUGUAACAAAGGUUGAUUGAAAAUAAAAGUAAAUUAUACCCUUCAUAUUUCAAGAAAAAAAUUAGACAGCUAUAAGCUAUACAACUCAUGCUCAAUUAUUUCUUUUUAACAACACACAAUUAAAUUGUAACAGAAAAUAACAAAAUCUGAAAUUUGUAUGGGAUUGGGAGAAGUCGUUCCUUGUUGAGGUUAUAUGUAAUAUAUUUUAAUGUGUUGUAAUUUGUUUAAGGUGAAGAGUAAUAUUCUUCAUAUUCAUAAAGUUCUUGAAACUGAAAACAAGCUUCACUACUUAAAAUUAAUUUGAAAGCUUCAGCCACCUGGCUAUCUUUGGCAGACUUUGCUAAUUUCUAGUUGAAGCAGUCUUGGUUUACUGACAGCAUCAAUAAAACUUACCGAAUACUCCUGAAGAUGGCUGAAUGAACAAAGCUUUUUAUCAGAUGAAAGUAAAUAAUUUUAAGUGAUGAAGCUCGUUUUCAGUCUUGAUAGUUUUAUGAAUACUUUUUUGUUGAGUAAAUUCUAAUAUUAUUCAACAGACCUAAGAUGUGAACGGAUUGUGAACUGGUAUACAAUUAAGAUCAAUAAUUACAAUUAAUAAGUUAUUUCCAUAUUAUAAGUUUUACAUUUCUUAAUUUUAUAAUAUCAAAAUUAUAUUCAUUUAAGAAAACAUUUUUAUACCUUUUUUUGGUUUUGAAACUUCCUUUGUAAAUACAAAUAUAAAUAAUAAAAGAUUGUUAGUUAAAGUAUGAUUAUAUUGCUUCAUUGACUUAAAGAAUGACAUAUUUAUUAAAAAACCUCAGUUAAUAUCCUAAGAUAGAUGCAAAUUGUAUGAAUUCAUUGAUUUAGCAAUUUUCCUUUAAAUAAUUGACUUGUAUCAAAAGAGGACAUAUUUAGAAUUUAGAUUAUAAUAGUAUUUCAAAAUAAAUGUUUCUAUCCUCAAUAAACCCAUUCCAUGAUAUAUUUUUAGUUUAAGUUCUCAAAAUUAUAUACUUAAAAUAUAUAUAAACUUUUUAGUCACUAAAAUUGUAUGAUUAGAACUAUAAUAAUAUCUGAUUAAAAUGAAAUUAUCUGUAAUAGUGCAUUGAAUAUCUCAAAGCUAUAAUAUGAUCACAGUUAAUUGUCAAUUCAUUAUCAUAAUGGAGGCCUUUUUCUGCUUCAAUAAAU